AUGGCUAUUAAGCGUAAAGAUUUUCAAAAGACAUCAUCAACUAUACUUGAAUUUUUACUUAAAUUACCUGAUGAAGAAACAAGUUCACGUUUACGUGAUACACUAUUACAUGCUCUUCAUUUUUUACAACAAUAUUAUUUAAUAUUACAAAAACGUGAUAAAGAACAAAAACCAUUACAAUGGACAAUUGAACGUGGUUUAAGUCCAUUAACACCAUUUCGUGAAUUACCCGAUAAAUUUCAAUGGCCAUGGAUUGAUGUUGAAUCAAAUAAAGUUAAACAAAUAAUACCAAAACAUUCAUUAAAUAAUUUUGUUAAUUUAUCACCAAUUAUUGUUGCUGUACGUGAAGGUGAUUUACGAUAUGUUAAAGAAUUAUUAAAUUCUGAACCUGAAUUAAUUGAUUGUGUUGAUUCAUUUGGACGAGAUUUAUUAACUUAUGCUGUACAAUAUCAACAAAUAAAUAUUUUAAAUUAUUUAUUAGAUGAAUAUAAAUUAUCAAUUAAUAUAAAUAUUCAAGCUAAUGAUGGUUCAACAUGUUUACAUCGUGCUUGUUAUACAGAUAAUGAACAACAUUCAAAUAUUGAAAUAGUAAAAAUUUUAUUAGAAAAUAAUGCUGAUGUUACUAAACAAGAUGUUCAUUUACGUUCACCAUUACAUUGGGCAGUUUUAGGAGAAAAUAUUGAUUGUUUAAAAUUAUUAAUUGAAUAUAAUGCUAAUAUACAUAUUAAAGAUAUUGAUGGUAUGACACCAGCUAUGUGGGCAUGUCAUCUUGAUCGUUAUGAACAUUUUAAAGAAUUAUCUCGUUAUAUGAAUGAUGUCAUAGAAAAAGAUAAUGAUGGUCGAACAUGGAUUCAUCAUAGUGCAAGAAAAACAGAACCAUUAGAAUGUUUAAAAUAUUUAUUAUCAUCUGAAUCAAUUUUAUUACGUGAUAAUGAUGGACGAACAUGUUUACAUGUUGCUGCUGAACAAGGUUCUGUUCAUGCUUGUCGUCUUAUAUUUCAAAUGAGUGAACAAACAAAUAAUCAAUCUUACAUACAUGAUGGUGAUAAAUGUCGUCAAACUCCACUUCAUUUAGCAACAAAACAUGGUCAUGCUCGUGUAUUAAAAGAAUUAUUAGAUCAUGGUGCUGAUCCACAUCUUAAAGAUAUUCAUGGUAUUUCUGCCUUAGAUUAUGCUCAAAAUCGUGGUCUUUAUUUUUGUCGAAGUGUUUUUGAAGUUUAUUUACGUGAAAAUUCAAAUAAUAAUAUUAAUAGUCGACCAUCAACUAAUUUUAGUUUUAAUAAUAAUAGUACAUUAAAAAUGAAUAGUUAUGAUGUAACACCUACACCACCAGUUAAUGGUCAUGCAACAUAUAUUCGUCGUAAUGGUUAUCGUCCUUUAAAUAAAUCAUUACCAAUAGGAAAUGAUCUAUUACCUAGUGUAUCAAUUGAACAAUAUUCACGUAAAAAAAAUUAUCCAAAUUCAUCAUCAAUUCGAUCUGAUAAUGAAAAAGAUUCAAAUCAACCAUCAUCAUCAUCAACCAAUAUUUCAAUUAAUGGACCACCUAUUAAACCACGGAAAAGUUCAACAAUAUCACAUACUAAAAAUAAUAAUUUAUCAAAAUUUCGACAAAAUCAUAAUCAUAUUAUUAUAAAUUCAACUCAUUCUGAAGAUGAUGAUAAUGAUGAUCGAAGUGAUGCAAAUAGUCUUGCAGGUCAUGGUAGUGAUGGUGAUUUUGAUGAUGAUGAUCAAUUAUUAGAAUAUGAUAGAUCAAAUUCUCGUCUUUUAUCACGUUAUAAUGAUAAACGAUUUCAACAACAAACAAAUUCUAAACAAUUAAAUAAAAAUUUAAUGUAUGAUGAUUAUCAUUUUCUUGAUGAACAACAACAACAACAACAACAACAACAAUUAACAUCUAAAAAUAAAUCAAAACAACAAAUUCGUACAAUAAUUAAUAAAGAUUUAUCUCAAUCAACCUCAAAUCGACUUAAAUCAGGUUCAAAAUCAAGCUCAACUGAAUCUAUACCAGCACUUGAUUUAACAGUUGCUGGUCAAAAAUUAUUUCGAACAAAACAAAAACAACAACAACCUGAAAUAUAUUUUACGAAUUAUUUACCUACAUCAAAUGUUAUGCGACCCCCAAGUGGUCGUUUAAAACCAAUUAAUAGUGCUAAAUCAACAACAUCAUCAUCUUAUACAGAUGAAUUAUCUUUAAUAUCAAACAAAACAUUAGAAGAUGUUACGAAUAAUGUUAAACAAUUAUCAUCAACUAAAACACAUCUUUAUAAAAAAAAACUUAUACCUUUAGUUAAUGCAAAUGAUGCAAUCGUCAAAAAAUAUUCAUAUCGUUCAUCUACUGAUCAACAACAACAACAUAUUGUUGAAGAUAUAUCUUCAGACAGGUCAGAAGAAACAAGUGCUACUGGGAGUACUAAUGGAGCACGUCGAGAUAUAAAACCGUCCAAUCUUAUUAUGAAUGGUACUAUGCAUAGUAAUGAUCCAUCCACUGGCUAUUAUACUGGUAAUAAUCCAAUGCAAACAUCUUCUAAUGAACAAUAUCCAUCUACAUUUACACCAAAUGUUCAUCUUCAUCAAUUAUUUUUAUCUACGAAACAUAAUAAUGUUAAUUCCGGACAAACAUUUAGACCAGUACCAAUAAAAUUAAAUAAUUUUAAUCAACAUAAUAAUAUACAACAACAACAAACACCAAAUAAUUUAAAUGUAUAUAAUUUUGAAAAUGGUGGAUUAUCUUCAACAGCAUAUUAUGAUCGUAUUCAUGCUCAAGUUCGAUCAAAUAUUCCUAUUUAUCAAUAUCAAAAUUCUACAUCAACAACUAAUUCAACUAGUCAUUAUCAAUAUAAUAAUUCAUUAUCAUCAAUUCCAUCUAGACAACCAACACCUGCCAUACCAAAUGAUCAAACAGAUUCAACAUUUUCAGUUAUAUCAGCACCUAAAACAAAUGGACAAUCAACUGUAUUUCAACCUUCAAUAUCUACUCCAGCAACAUUUUCUCCAAUACCAUCAAUUGAUUUUUCAACAUCUAAUCAAAUAACAAGUGAUGAUGAUCCGUCACUUGAUUAUUUAAAUUAUUCAAUGGAUUCACUUAUCCAACGAUUAGUACCAACUGAUACUUAUAUUCCGAAGCAAUCAUUUAUUUAUCCAAUGCUCUUGUGUUCACGAAUGAAUAUUCGACCAAGUUUAUUAUUUAAUCAAUUAGCACGUUUAACAAUAAAAUCAAUAACAAAUUUAACAUUCGAUCAAAGUGUUCGAACAAUGAAUAAUUUUCUUUAUGUUCUAUCACAAUGGACACGAACAUUUCCAUAUGAUUUUCGUAAUAGUGAAAUGAUGUCACAACUUGAAGAUCUUUUUAAAAAAAUAACUUCUUUUGAAUCAAGUCUUCAAUCAGAUGUACAACAUAUUUAUAAAAAACUUCGUUCAAAACUUAAAGCAUUAGAUAGUUAUGAAGAAUAUAUUCGACAAUUAAAUAAAAAAACUACGUCUAAUCUAAAUCAAUCAGCAUUAGUUACGGACAUUAUGAAUGAAUGUUCAACAUCAAUAUUAUUCGCUCAACAAUUAACUCAUAUAGAACUGGAUAGAUUAAAACCAGUUGGUGCUGAAGAAUUAAUACAAUAUUUUAUAAUGAAAUUAGCAUCCGAAGAAGCUCGAGCACAUCCAAAUAGAAAUUAUUCAAUUGAAUCAUCAACAUCAAAUAUUGAAUAUUCAAAUAAUCAAACACAAGCUUUAGUACAUGAUAAAAAAUUAACAUUUUGUCUUGAAGCUUAUAUACAAUGGUUUAAUAGAUUAACAUUUUUUAUUACAACAGAAAUUGUUAAACAUACACAAAGACGUUCACGUGUACGAUUAAUUAAUUAUUUUAUUGAUGCUGCUUAUGAAUGUUUUCGUAUACAAAAUUUUAAUUCUAUGAUUGGAAUACUUGGUGGUUUAAAUAUGCAACCAAUAAGACGAUUAAAAAGAACUUGGGAAAAAAUUCAAUUAGAAAAAUUUCAACAACUUGAACAGUAUAUGGAUGUAUCAAAAAAUUUUGCUACAUAUCGUCUUAUACUUAAAGUAGCUAUGGAAGAAGCUGAAAAACAUGGAUGGAAAACAGAUAAAAUUGUUAUACCAUUUACUAGUAUUAUUUUACAAGAUGUUUAUUAUAUAAAAACACAUAGUAAAGAUUAUACAACAGCUGGUGGAAUUAAUUUAAAAAAAUAUUAUUCAAUGGCAAAAUUUAUUUCUGAAGAAUUUGUACAAUGUAAACAGAGUAAAUGUUCAUUUGAACGAAACGAUGUCAUUAUUAAUUAUAUUAUUACAUCUCCAACAUUCAAUGAAGAUUCUCUAAUGCUCGCAUCAUUCGAAUGUGAACCACCAGCAACUGCUAGUGAAAAAGAAAAAUAUAGAGCAUUACAAAGAUCUUUGAAUACAUUAUAA